AUGCUACUUCUUUUUCAGCUUCUUCUCCUCCUUCUUCUUCGCCAUUUCUUCCCCUUCUUUUUCAGCCUCUUCUUUUUCACCAUCUUUUGUUCAGUUUCUUUUUUAGCUUUUUUCUCUCUUUCUCUCUUUCUUGCGCUCUCUUGUUUGAUUAAGCCUCUCUCUUUCCAUCUCUCUUUUUUUGUACGACUGAGUAUCUCUCCCCUUCUCUCUCUCUCUCGCCCAUUUGUACGAUUAAGCUUCUCUCUUUCCUCCUCUCUCAAUCUCUUUAGUACGAUUGUCUCUCACUCACUCACUCACUCACUCACUCACUCACUGACUCCCUCUCUCUCUUGUAUACGAUUAUGUCACUUUCUCUCUCUUUCGGUCUCUUGCAUGAUUAAGUCUCUCUUUGAUUCUGCUUUUUACUAUCUUUCCUCUUCACUAUGUUUUCCUACCUCCAUUCCGUUGCAACUCUUUGUGACUGUUAUCAUCGGAUUGGCUAACCUUUAUCACAAAUCAAACAACAUCUCAUUACGAAGUCACAUUUUCUCUUUCCGCUAUUUUAGUCUCGGAUACUGUCAUCCGUUCAUUUAUUCAGUGACACUCAUUCUUUUAGAACGUCUCUUUCAAGAGCUGCAAGCGUUUGAGAUUUAA